GUGCUGGGUCAUGUCAGUACCAUGAUUGUUGUGGCCAAAGGCGUGUACUAUUGAAACAUGCAUGCGUCAAGAUUACCAGCUAAGGUGGAAAUGCCAUCCUCCCAACUUUGUGACAUCAUUUGAAGUAUAAAAAAAGAGUUUAUGAUAUCAUUUUAUGCCAGAGUGGUUGUGGAAGUACUGUUUUCGUAUUUCCAAGCACUAAAUAUUUUAACCGUUUAAGCAGAUAUGCAUCAUUAGAUCUAUUUUUUUUGACUCAUUUGCUUAUAACUAAACACAAGUGAAAGAUGUUUCUGAUGUGAAAAUCUAAAAAUUAUUCAAAGCAGAAUCUGCACUUAAUUUGAUCCAUGGUGAAAUUAAACGUACCCAUAUUUUCUUGAGAAGUUACAGAGGUGAUUUUCUUGUUGAUGUUCCCUAGACCUUUCACUUCCAGGAAAAAUAUGAUAUGUUUCUUUCAACUUUCUACCGUUUCCCACUGCCAUGAGUACUUCACAAGCUUUUGAUUUAAAAUCCAGUUCACAAGUACAUCUGUCACUGUGCAUCUCAAUAAAAUAUUUUAGUCAUGCAAGUAACAGAGAAAACAGACCUAUAUACCUAAACCCUAUGUUUAAGUAUGUUACUCCUAGUAAUUUCCAUAUUGGGAGUGAACCAUAAGAACUAAUUUCCUAUGCUGGAUUAGUUGGGAAUUGUGGUGCAAUUAGAAUGGACUACUUGAUUUCUGUUUACAAUAAUCUAAUUCAGAAAAUUCUCUUCAUAACAUGCCUCCAGUGCCUAAGUCCAAAUUAGCCCUGCUGGUACUGUCAUUAUGAUUCUGUUUUAAUCAUGCAGAUUUUUGCAUGAAGUGAUUAGUAAUAACAUAUAUAUGUAUAUAUAUCCUUCUGUAAAUACAGGAGAUGAAGGCUUGGGAUGGCUGUGCAUGUGAUAUGGGUCCUUCACCUGCGUAUCAGAAAUCACAUCAAUAAACAAAGGGAAAAUCCUUCUCUUCUAAAUUGUAACUCCUUGAGCACCAUUAGAUAAGCAUUUACCACAAAGGAACCUAAAUUGACAGCACUGUCACUUUCAACACAUCAUUCAUGCAAAAUCAAUCCCCACUUCCCACUUAUUACAACAAGUGAUAUUUAAACUUUGCUUUAUUUGCUUAUCAUUACAGACAAAACAAACCACAUCCCCAUGCAUUACUUCCCCCCACCCUAUGCUAACAAAGCAAACAACCAACAAAAUUGAGUUUGUGGUCCACACCCUUCCCUCUUCUUUUUCUACCUUUUUUGGCUCCAUAUAAACUCUCAUUCCCUCACAAUGCUCCCAGAGACAAGCUCUAACCGUUUUCUUGCCCCCAGCAUCUUCUUCUUCUUCAUACUUGUCAGAAUUCAAAAUGGAGAUCAAGAGUACAGACAGGAGGCAAGUGUCAAUUGAGAAGGUGAGGAGAGACAAUCCGAUUGAAGUAGAAGAUGAGGAAGAGGAGGAGGAUGAAAGUGUGGCUGGCGGUGAGGGCUGUCUUGCAGAAGAUGAGAGGAAGAAGGGUGGUGCAGGUGGUGGGAGAAGAGGCUCUACUGGAGGUGGAGUUUCUCCACCUUCUUGUCAAGCAGAGAUGUGUGGUGCUGAUUUGACUGUUGCAAAGAGGUACCAUCGCCGCCAUAAGGUGUGUGAGCUUCAUUCCAAGGCACCUUUUGUGAUGGUUGCAGGAAUGAGGCAGAGGUUUUGCCAGCAAUGUAGCAGGUUCCAUGAGCUGGCAGAGUUUGACGAAGCAAAAAGAAGCUGCCGGAGACGCUUGGCCAGACACAAUGAACGGCGCCGGAAGAGCAAUGCUGAGACUUGUAAUGAAGGAUGCAGCAGCAGCAAAGGACAGCACCCUACAGAAAGCCUCUGCAGAAAUGCUGAUGACUGGGGAAGAAUUCAGAUGAACAUGGCAAGGAAUUCUGGUUACAGGUCCUUCCACUUCAGAUGAAUUCAAUGUGUUCAUCAGCAUGCUCCCUCUCUUCUGUCAACGGAUCUUUACAAUAUGCCAAGGCAUAUAAUAAAGUCCACUUUUUAUGUUUUACGAGAAUAAGCAUCUAAACCAGAAUUAAAAACUCCCAACACUUAAAGGUGGUGUCAUAUGUAAACUACGUCAUGGUGCUGAAGCUCUAUAUUUUAUUAUUUACUUACCAAGUUUCUUAUGUUUCUGUGUGCCUUAAUACCACCUUUAAAAUGAUGUAUUUCCCCA